UUCCAGUGUUUGUGCACACUGAAGUCCAGAUCUUCACCCAGGUGUCUGUCCUCCUGCGUCCAAAUGGCUCUUGUUUUCUUCUAUGGCACCCUGAAGAAAGGGCAGCCCAACUACUACCGCAUGAUUGAGAGCGCCAACGGCAAGGCGGAGUUCCUCGCCUCGGCCCGCACCAUCCAGAAAUACCCUCUAGUGAUCGCCGGUGAGCACAGCCUCCCUUUCCUCCUCAACAUCCCGGGCCAGGGACGCCGAGUCCGAGGAGAGAUUUACAAAGUAGAUGACAAGAUGCUGAAAUACCUGGAUGAUUUUGAAAUGGUUCCAGACAUGUAUCAGCGGACUCUGGUCGAACUGGAGGUGGAAGAGUGGGCGGGGGAGAGAGCAAGAGUGGAGAGGCUGAAAUCAGGAAGCAUUUCAGAGGUGUUUGUGUACAGCACGAAGAUGUACGAGCCAGACUGGCCUUCACUACCAUGCUAUGAGAGCUAUGACGCUUAUGGAGAUCAUGGGCUCCAGUAUGAGGCCAAAGAGACGGGACUGGUGUAGCAGAUCCAAGUAGAUAGAAAUAUGAUCCACAUAGUUUUCCUGUCUUCUACUUCUGUACUAAUCAACCUCUAGAUAUUGUCAGCGAAGGAGGUGGAGGGCAUUUAUCAGUGACAUCACACUUGAAUACACUCCUGUGUCUAAUUUUGACUUGUUGAGCUUUGUGUUGGUCCAGUUCCUACAAUAUGUAUUGUAUCUUUAAGAAUCAAGCCUCUUAAUGUGUUUUAGUUGAUAACUUAGACAGUUUCUUCUUUUAAAAGGACUUAACGUCAACAUACAGUCACAUAUGUUUGUAGAUAUAUCGCCUUUAUAAUAAUAAUAA